AUGGCCACGCGCGCCCGCGGAAGUCGCAUCCUCAGGCCGCUGCUCUACACCACAGGCGCGGGUCUGGUCGGAGGAGCCGCGCUCUAUUCCAUCUAUCGUCCUCGCGACAUCCCCGGCCUCGAGGCGGCACAAGUCCCUCCUCCGACGUAUGGCGAGGGUGGCAUUUUCCGUCCACCCAACUUUCCCCAUGCCAAGUCGAGAGACGAGCAGAUCGCAGAUCUGAAGCGAAGCGCUGGCGUCCUUUCCAGUGCUGCAGACAAGGUCAAAAACAGCAUUGGCUGGGGAUCUGGUGGCGCCGGUGCUGUAGAUGCAGCUGAGGAGAAGAGCGAAGAGGAGCCAUAUGAUCUAUUGGUCAUCGGUGGUGGUGCGACCGGCACUGGUAUCGCGCUCGAUGCUGCCACCCGAGGAUUGAAGGUCGCCCUUGUAGAACGAGACGACUUCAGCAGUGGAACAAGCAGCAAAAGUACGAAGCUUGUGCACGGCGGUGUACGAUAUUUGGAAAAGGCUGUUUGGAAUUUGGACUACAACCAGUACAAACUCGUUGUUGAGGCACUCCGCGAACGUCGCUAUUUCUUGGAUACCGCACCGCAUCUCUCGCAAUGGCUCCCGAUUAUGAUUCCUAUUCAGAAGUGGUGGCAGGCACCCUACUUCUGGGCGGGUACAAAAUUCUACGACUUUCUGGCUGGCUCGGAAAACAUUGAGAGUUCUUACUUCUUGACCAAAAGCAAGGCUCUGGACGCAUUUCCUAUGCUGAAGAAGGAGGACCUAUUCGGCGCUUUGGUCUACUACGAUGGUGCACACAACGACUCCCGUAUGAACGUUUCCCUUGCCAUGACCGCAGCGUUGUACGGUGCGACUGUCGUAAGCCACAUGGAAGUCACCGGCCUCGAGAAGGACGCGUCUGGAAGACUCAGUGGUGCGCGUGUCAAGGACUGCAUCACUGAGCUGAAUGGUAAGAAGUCGGAGGAAUUCACAAUCAAGGCAAAGGGCAUCAUCAACGCUACGGGGCCUUUCACAGACUCAAUUCGCAAGCUCGAUGAACCGACCGUCGAGGAGAUUGUUGCACCAAGCUCCGGUGUGCACGUUAUCCUGCCAGGUUACUUCAGCCCGGCAAACAUGGGACUUAUCGACCCCUCUACGUCCGACGGCAGGGUCAUUUUCUUCCUUCCUUGGCAAGGCAACACUAUCGCAGGUACGACUGAUUCGGCUACCUCAGUUACUAAAGAUCCGGUGGCUGGUGAGGACGAGAUCGAUUGGAUUCUCAAGGAAAUUCGCCGCUACUUGCAACCUGAUAUCGCCGUACGCCGAGGCGACGUCCUUGCCGCAUGGUCCGGCAUUCGCCCCCUCGUACGCGACCCUAAAGCUGGCAAGACGGAAGGUCUCGUCCGCAACCACCUGGUCACUACAUCUCCCUCUGGUCUGCUGACCUGUGCCGGUGGGAAAUGGACCACGUAUCGCGAAAUGGCUGAGGAGACUGUCAACGAAGCGAUCACGGAGUUCGGUCUCACUAGUAAGCCCCUCGCAAGCGCUCCUCGUGUCAGUGGAACCGAAGUCCUAGACGAGGCUCCCCUGGACGGCACUUGCCAGACACACCGCGUCCGUUUGAUUGGCGCCCACGGCUAUUCCAAGACUCUUUUCAUCAAUCUCGUUCAGCACUACGGUAUCGAAACCGAAAUCGCCAAGUACCUAUGCACUGCUUACGGUGAUCGCGCCUGGAGCGUCGCAGCACUAUCCGCUCCAACCGAGCAACGUUUCCCUGUCCGCGGCAAGCGAAUUUCAGAGCUAUACCCGUACAUUGACGGCGAGGUACGGUACUGCGUGCGUCACGAGUAUGCGCAAACGGCUACGGACGUUAUUGCCCGACGUAUGCGCCUUGCGUUCUUGAACGCACAGGCUGCCCUUGAGGCUCUACCUGUAGUCAUUGACCUCAUGGCUGAGGAGCUCAAGUGGGACUCCAAGCGGAAGGAGACGGAGUGGAAGAAUUCGGUUACAUACCUGGGGAGUAUGGGCCUGCCGAAGGGCAAGCUUACUUUGACAAGGAAGGAUGUGGAGAGUGGGCGCGUGGGCAAGUACGCUGAUGAGGAGUAUCAUUUGUACGCGAGGCACGGUAAUAAGAGUCCCUCCAUGUUGUUGUGGCGAUGGAUCGCUAAUGGUGAUACAGACAAGCCUGAUGAGCCCCUCCCUUCGGACUCCAAAAUUCCACCUGGGCACAACCCCGUCAUCGGAGAAGACUCAAAGGCGAACAAAUAG